AUGGAGGGACAAGAUUCCAAAUCAACGAGGAGGGAACUGGACUGGCAGUUCUGCCAGGUCUUCGGAGAGCCCCAUUUCGAGGAGGUAACCGAGGUGGACAUCGUCUCCACCGUCGAAUUUGACUCAACUGGUGAGUACCUGGCCGCCGGAGACCGUGGUGGUCGAGUGGUCAUCUUCCAGCGAGUGGAGAGUGAAGACACCCCUUGCGAGUACAAAUUCUUCGCCGAGUUCCAAAGCCAUGAGCCGGAGUUCGACUACUUGAAGAGUCUUGAAAUCGAAGAGAAGAUCAACAAAAUCAAAUGGUGCCCCUCCAACAACAACUCUCACUUCCUCCUCACCACCAAUGACAAGACGAUCAAGCUGUGGAAGGUGUACAACAAAACCGUGUUUGACCCACCCAAGGUCAACAAGCAGCGCAAUGGCCUUUCCGAGGCGCAGAAGACGGCUGUGCCGAGGAAGAUUUUCGCCAACGCCCAUGCCUAUCACAUCAACUCUAUCUCUCUCAACACCGACGGUGAGACCUACAUCUCUGCCGACGACCUCAGGAUCAACCUGUGGAACCUCGAAACGUCCGACCAAAGCUUCAACAUUGUUGAUAUCAAGCCAGCAAACAUGGAGGAGCUCACUGAAGUAAUCACCGCCGCGGAGUUCCACCCCCAGUCUUGCAACUACCUCAUGUACAGCAGCUCCAAGGGUACUAUCAAGUUGGGCGAUCUCCGAGAGUCGGCCUUGUGCGACCAGCACGCCAAGAAGUUUGAGGAAGAGGAGGACCCCGCCAACAAGUCCUUCUUCUCCGAGAUCAUCGCCUCCAUUUCGGACAUCAAGUUCUCCCGCGAUGGCCGGUACAUCCUCUCGCGCGACUACCUCUCGCUCAAGGAGUGGGAUCUCCGCAUGGAGAACAGGCCGGUGAAGACCAUUCGCAUACACGACUUCCUCAAGGCCAAGCUGUGCGAUUUGUACGAGAACGAUUGCAUCUUCGACAAGUUUGAGUGCAGCCUAUCCGGAAGUGGAGACCAUCUCCUGACGGGGUCGUACCACAACUACUUCCACAUCUACGACAUCCAGAGCCCACGCACGAAUGCCCUGCGCAUGAAGCUCGGCCGCGGGCCAUCCAAGAAGUCGGACGUCGAGCUCAACGCCGACGACAUCGACUUCAACAAGAAGGUGCUGCACGUGGCGUGGCACCCACACGACGACAUCGUUGCGGUGGCGGCCAACAACAACCUCUACCUCUACGCUGCGGACGACGACAAGGACGACUCGGACAUCUAA